UCGACAGAAUGUGGUAAUGAUCUUCUCUGGCACUGAAAAACUGUCCUCAUUUGCUGACUGGGAGAGAGCCUGUGCUAAUGGUUCGCUUUAAUGUGACUCAUCAGAGACUGCAAGGGCGAUGUGGAAUGGACAUACAGACGGUGGACCUGCUGAAUGUGGCAACUUGGCUCCAGCAGUGCAGGAGACUGCACUUCGACAGUUUCCCAGUGUAGGGCAGCACAGAAGAGGCUUUUACACCAGUGCACCCAUAUUGGGACACACUUGCAGCAGAAGACAAUAGGCGUGAGAUCAUCACCUCAGUCGUGAUUGAAGACCCGUGCUUAAGUGCCUUUGAAGACGAAUCGCAGUCUCGUCGCCUUUGACCCCCAUUCUGCAGGAGCGUGGCUUUGUUUUCAUGUGUCCCCUUUGAUCAAGUAGAGCUUGAAAGAGACAAAGACAGCCACUCCAUUGAUUAUUUUGAAGGGCUUGGUGCUUCUGGUAGUCCAUUUUCUUUGGGCUACCUGUGAUUGAAUCAGGCUUGUUACACAACAGCCUCAUCACCGUUGACGGUGUAGACAGAUGAGGCUUGCUCUGAUCUGCUGAGUGAGCACUGCUGUCAGCGAUUUCAAAGACGGUUUUGUAACGGAUGGGGAUGGAUUCACUCCUUCUUAUACGUUGAGAAACGUUGCUUUGAGUUAACUUGAAAACGCACAGGUUGAUUCCACAUGGAUGAAGAUAAUCACAGUAAUUGUGUUGUAAAGCCAAUGCACACAGUUGAAUCAAGUCAAGUCUAAACAGUAUUGUUAAGAGGAUUGGGAGGGAAAAUGUGGAGUGCUAUUACUCAAAUUCAAGCAUAUGUAGUCGCCGACUGCUCUGGAUCACCACAGUUAAUAAUUACACAGUGGUCCUUGACCUAGAGCUGAGAGAAACGUCUAUCUCUCUGCACUCACAUUGUUCACUUUAGCCACCAGAGAGAGAGAAGCAAUUUGUGUGAAGAGUUUUCUUUAUGAAUCUCAAACAGGGAGAGGGGUAAGCAGCAUGAAUGAAAGUGGACUUUUCUGCCCAGCCAAGAUGAAUGUGAAUUUUAUCCGGUAAUAGAUACGCCACUAAUGUCACAUGACGGUCCACCCUGGGAUUUGAAGUUUGUGAGGUAGUUGAUUUGAUGUGUGCUUAAAAUGUGACCCAAAUGGACAAUUCUCUGUCAUGUUCUGUUUGCAACCUUACAAGGCGACAUAAAGAGCCACCACGGCUGUUCAGCAUGCAUCAGCAAGCCUUGUCUUGUCAUUCACGUUGUGUUUGAACUUUGAUUUAAUUUCAGUGAGCACCCCUAAUUCUGCUGAUUUAUUGCUGAUAAUCACUCACAAUGGAAACCAAUCAAAAAUGUGGGGAUGGACUGACUGGCACGCAGAAAGAGGCUGCUCUGCGCACUCUCAUCCAGCGCACAGGAUAUCAAUUACACCAGGAGAACGGCCAGAGGAGAUAUGGCGGUCCGCCUCCAGGUUGGGAAGGGCCGCCUCCAGAGAGAGGCAGUGAAAUUUUUGUGGGCAAACUGCCUCGAGACCUCUUUGAGGAUGAGCUGGUGCCUCUCUGUGAAAAAUUUGGCAAAAUAUAUGAAGUACGAAUGAUGAUGGACUUCAAUGGCAACAAUCGAGGUUAUGCUUUUGUUACCUUCAGCACAAAACAAGAAGCCAAAAAUGCCAUGAAGCAGCUCAAUAAUUACGAAAUCAGAAACGGCCGUCUCUUGGGGGUGUGUGCAAGUGUGGACAACUGUCGCCUCUUCGUGGGGGGCAUCCCCAAAACCAAGAAGAAGGAGGAAAUCUUGGCUGAGAUGAAGAAGGUGACGGAUGGAGUGGUGGAAGUGAUUGUUUACCCCAGUGCUGCAGACAAGAGCAAAAACAGAGGCUUUGCCUUCGUGGAGUACGAGAGCCACCGUGCCGCUGCCAUGGCCAGGCGGAAGCUACUGCCAGGCCGAAUCCAGCUGUGGGGUCAUGCCAUCGCUGUGGACUGGGCAGAGCCAGAAGUGGAAGUGGACGAGGACACCAUGGCCACCGUGAAAAUCCUCUACGUGAGAAAUCUAAUGCUUGCCACAACAGAAGAGAGCAUAGAGAAGGAGUUUAAUGCCAUUAAACCCGGUGCAGUGGAGAGAGUGAAGAAGAUCAGGGACUACGCCUUCGUUCACUUUUCUCAGAGAGAGGAUGCCAUUACUGCGAUGAAGGCCCUGAACGGAAAGGUUGUUGAUGGCUCUCCGAUAGAGGUGACGCUAGCCAAGCCUGUAGAUAAGGACAGUUAUGUCCGCUACACUCGUGGCACAGGAGGACGUGGUGCUUCCCUGCUGCAGGGUGACUAUGCCUACACUCUGGGCCAGAUGUAUGACCCCUCGACUGCCUACCUGGGUGCCCCUGUGUUUUACGCCCCACACGCGUAUGCAGCUCUCCCGAGCCAGUUCCGCUUCCCCACAGCCAAAGGUCAUGUAGGGGCUCGGGGGCUGGUGCGCUCGCCUUCUGUCAGAGAAAUUUACAUGAAUGUGCCUGUAGGGGCGGCGGGCGUGCGUGGUUUGGGCGGCAGGGGGUACCUCGCCUAUGCAGGCGUGGGCCGCGGCUGUCCCACCUACCAGCUAAAGACAGACAAACGCCCUGAGGACAAGCUCUACGAUUUGCUCCCUGGCAUGGAGCUCACACCCAUGAACCCUGUGACCCUAAAGCCUCAGGGAAUCAAGCACGCUCCACAGAUCUUGGAGGAUAUCUGCCAGAAGAAUAACUGGGGACAACCAGUGUACCAGCUUCACUCUGCCAUCGGACCAGAUCAGAGGCAACUGUUCCUUUACAAAGUCACUGUCCCUGCUCUGGCAACCCAGUACCCCAACAUACACCCAUUCACCCCAGCUAAGCUGUGUGCAGCAGUGGACGAAGCUAAAAUCCACGCUGCGGAGCAUGCACUGCAGACUCUGGGCCUGCAGACAGAGGGCACUGACGCAUCUGCCGCUGCCGCUGCCGCUGCCGCCGCCGCUGCCGCUGCAGCAUUCCCAGGUUAUGCAAUAGCCAACACCGCUGCCACAGUUGCCGCUUCCCAGCUCAAACAGACCGUGUCUCUGGGUCAGGACCUGACGGCGUACGCCACCUAUGAGGGUUAUCCAGCGUUCGCCGUGGCAACCCGCGGAGACGGCUACGGAGUGUUCUAA